UAGUAUUAAUUCACCCUCUAAAUCACAAACAUCCAAAUACAAAACCCACAAACAUCAGCUUUCCAUCCAUCUCCCCCAAAGAAGUAAAAAAAAAACCAUCACAUAAAAUCAUGGAAUUCUUCAACCAUGGCAAAGCCGUGAGGCUGAAGAGCCACCUCGACAAGUACCUAGUCGCGGACGACGACCAAGAGACCGUCCGCCAGAGCCGCGACGGCGCGUCGCGGCGGGCGAGAUGGCGCGUGGAGCUCGUGGAGGGUAAUGCGCACGUGAUCCGCCUGAAGAGCCGCCACGGGCUCUACCUGACCGCCUCCGACGAGGCGUAUCUCCUCGGCAUGACCGGCAAGAAGGUGGUGCUGCAGGCCUCCGCCAACGCCUCUGUGGAGUGGGAGCCGAUCAGGGAGGGGUACAGCGUGAAGCUGAGGGCCAAGGGCGGGAAGUUUCUGCGGGCGAACGGGGGAACGCCGCCGUGGAGGAACUCGGUGACGCAUGAUCUGCCGCAUCGGACGGCCACGCAGGAUUGGGUGAUGUGGGAUGUGGAUGAGGUCGAUGUGUCGGUGUUGGAGGAUGAGUAUUUGCCGCGGCUGAGUAAUGCGUCGAGUUUAUCGGAUUCUUCCGCCCCCAAUUCGCCGCGCGUGGGCACGCCCGGUGCGGUGGAGGGGCGGAGGAAGUCGUUUUUCUCGAUGGAGAGACGGCGGUCGUCUCUUGCGUCGGAUAGGUCCGUUCACCCGAGCGGUAGAGAGGAUGGAAUGGAGUUCUUCACCAAAGCAAAAGCAGUCCGCCUCCAAAGCCACCUCGGCAAAUACCUCGUCGCCGACGACGACGAGGAGACGGUCCGCCAGAGCCGCAACGGCGCGUCCCGCAACGCGCGGUGGACCGUCGAAUUCGUCGAAGGGAAACGCGACCGCCUCCGCCUGAAGAGCUGCCACGGGCUUUACCUCACCGCCGCGGAGGAGCAGUUUCUCCUCGGAAUGACGGGGAAGAAGGUCCUCCAAACCCGGCCAGGAAAUCUCACCGCCGCCGCCGUCGAGUGGCAGCCGGUGAAGGAGGGGAACAGCGUGAAGCUGCUGACGGAGCAAGGCAAGUUCCUGAGAGCCAACGGCGGUUCGCCGCCGUGGAGGAACUCGGUCACGCACGACGUGCCGCAUCGGACGGCCACGCAGAGCUGGGUGCUGUGGGGAGUGGAUAUCGUGGACAUCACGCUGUCGGAUCCCGGGUCGGAUCCGGGUCCGGGUUGGAUAUCGCCCGCGUCGAGCUUUUCGUCUGUCUUCGAUGAUUAUUUGGGUUCGCCUGAUACCGGAUCGCCGGUUGCCCGAGGAGCCGGGAAUAUGUCUAUGAAACAGAUUUCCGGAAUCGAGUUUUUCAAUAAGGCGAGAUCCGUGAGGCUGAAAAGCUACCACAACAAAUACCUCACGGCCGAUUCCGACGAGGAGCACGUGAUCCAGGACCGAUCGGGGUCGAAAAAAUCGGUGAAAUGGGAAGUGGAAUUCGUGGAAGGAUCGGAAGAGGUGAUCCGUUUGAAGAGCUGCUACGGAAAGUACCUCAAGGCCGAGGAUGAGGAGUAUCUCCUCGGCGUCACCGGGCGGAGGGUCUCCCAGUCACUGCCGAGGAAGCUCGACUCCUCCGUCGAGUGGGAGCCCGUGCGCGACGGCAUGCUGGUCAAGCUCAAGACGCGCUACGGCAACUACCUGCGCGCCAACGGGGGACUGCCCCCGUGGCGUAACUCCAUCACCCACGACAUCCCACACAGGCAUCAUGGGUGGAUCCUGUGGGAGGUGGAUGUCGUGGAGAUUAGGCCGGAGUCGCCGCCUAGGGUUGUGGCGCCACCCCCCGCGGAGUUCGAGAGGUCAAAUUCCGUGGGGUCGGAUGCGGAUUUGAGCCCUACUUCUUUCAAUCUCCGAUCAUCGGCUAAUAUGUCCGGUGAAGACUGCUACGCGAAGAAAUCGGAAGGAAGGUUGAUAUAUUACAGUGUUGCUGAUGAUGAUGGAAAUUUCAGCGCGGAACAGUCGUUUCAGUUCAAAGGGCAGGGGCUGGAGGAUCUGUCCGAGAAGUUGGAGGAUUUAACAGACUUGGAGGACAUCAUCCUCUGUUCUAAAAACAUUGUAAAUGGGAAGCUGUAUCCACUUAGGUUGGCCCUCCCACCCAACAAUGCCACUAUGCAUGUUGUUGUAGUUCCACCCACUUCCACAGUGGCGAACGAGUUCCUGCCGCCGGCUCCUACUUCUACAUGACAUAUGCGACGAAGAAGACUAGACAUUUUGCUCAGAUAAGUCAUUGUUAGUACAUAUAUUCGUUAAUUCGUGUUAUAUAUCAAACAAUAACAGCUAGAAGCUUUCAAGGAGAUAUACCUACGUUUUGGAACUAGUGGAAUGUAUUCCGAUGAAUAUUGUUACUUAAUCAGAUGUGAACUACUUCACAUGACACCAAAAUUUUGAAAGUGGAAGAAACACUCUAAUCCACACAUUUUGAAUAA